AUGAAUCCAUCAAACCCUUUUUAUAAUUACUACAUUGCAGCAUACGCAGACCUGACUGGCUGCAGACACUCAGGUGUCGUUUAUAAACCAGGCGACACGGUGAGCUCUGAUCCUGAAACCUGUGUCACUCUCACCUGUUCUGAUGUCGGCGUCCUCCAGACAUCCAGCUGUGGGCCUCUGGAGCGUUGUCAAGGCAACGGCCUCUGCUCCUCUGGCUCCCCGUUGGGCUCCAGCUGCACUGUGACGGGUCCCGCUGUCAUCGGCUUCCAGGGCCAGCAGAGCUCUGUGAAGGAUCGCUGUUCCUACUCCCUGCUGAGGAUCCCAUCGGUCCCAGGAUUCCAGGUUCUGGCCCGCUUCCAGGAGCGGCGGCGUAGAGACGUGAGCUUCCUGGACAGCGUGACGCUGCGCCUGGACGGGCCGGGCGCUCACAUUCACCUGAAACAAGGAGGCAGGGUUCUGCUGGACGACUCGCCGCUGACCCUCAACAGCUCGGUUCAGACGGUUGGCGGUGUGAAGCUCUCUAAGGACCAAACUGGAGUCACCGCCAAGGUGUCGCUGUCCAACUUCACCGCUUCUGUCUUCUUUGACGGCUCCUCUGCACUGAUCCACCUGGAAGGAUCUGCUGGACAGUCUCUGCAGGGUCUGUGUGGAAGCUCCAGCAGCUCUGUGAGUGAGGAGAGGCUCUCUGAGGACAACUCCACCAGCUGUGAGAUGCAGUACUCCGAUAGUAACGACAGCACCAUCGACUGCACCAAGAUGACUGAACGCUGUAACCUCCUGAAGGAGGCACCCUUCUCCUCCUGUCACAUCGACCCAGAGCCCUUCAUCACCGCCUGCACACACACUUUGUGCAGCUAUCCUGAUCUGGACGGCCUCAGGUGUCAGUUCCUGGAGGCCUACGCCAGAGCCUGCAGCCUGGAGAGCAACGGCACACUGGAGGACUGGAGGUCCAAGGCUGAGUGCUCGCCCCCUGGGGGCUUCUGCCAGGACAGGACCUGCAGCGAUCAUGAGUUCUGUGGAGAGAAGAGUGCUGGUGGAGAAAGUCGCUGCUUCUGUCGGGCCAUUUUUGCCUCCAAGUACAGAGAGAUCAAGUCUUUCGGUGAUCCAGCCAUCUGCAGCCAGAACUCUGCUUCUCUCACUCUGGUGGGUUGUCUCCUGGAGGACGAAGGCCUCGACUACUCUGCCUUGCAGCUCAAAGAGCCGACCUGCAAAGGUCAGAUAGAUGAGCGGACCCACAUGGUGACUUUCAGCUUCAACAGCACCAACCUCUGUGGGACGGAGGUCACGACCAACAACAGCCAAACCAUCUACAGGAACACCAUCAUGUCACAGAACCUCUCUUCUGACGGCAUUACUCGCCAAGACCAGGUCUACAUCGACUUUUCCUGCAUUGAAACCCCGCCGGACACAGAGACUGUGGCUUUCAGAAUCAAAGACAGCGCUGUGGUUCAUGUCAUCUCAUCCGGACCUUGGAAUUACUCUCUGACCAUGAAGGCCUUCAUGGACGCCGGCCGAACACAAGCUGUGGAUGCGAACACCGAGGUACGGCUGAACCAGAAGAUCUGGGUGGAGCUGGACACGGACGGCCUGGAUGAAGACCUGGUUGCUGUGGUAACCGACUCCUGCUGGGCGACAGACCGAGCGUCCCCCACUGCUGGACGUAGAUAUUACCUGAUCAAGAACGGCUGUCCAAACUCUGAGGACCAGACAGUGAAGGUGGAGGGAAACGGAGAGGGAACCUCCAACUUCUUCUCCUUCAACAUGUUCAAGUUCUCUGGAAGCUCUGCUGAAGUCUACCUGCACUGUAAACUGCAGCUGUGUGUCAAACAGGGGAAUGUCUGCAUCCCGACGUGUGAUGGAGCUCGGAGACACAGAUCAGUCAGGUCCAGACCUGGAGCUUCUGCCUUCAUCAGCAUGGCCUGGACCACCUAGGUUAUUUUGACCUGGACAGACUGACGGGCUGCAGAUGUUUGAUUGGUUCUGAUCCAGAGCCUGGAUGUGUGGAGGUUGACUCAAACAGCCGCAGCGAGCUUCUGUUGGAGAGGAAGAGAGGACAGACCUGUCAUCUUUGUCAUGAGUCCACAGCUGAUGUUUUCAUCUCUUAUGAAUGACUGGGUGUUUUAGGGCUACAGGUGAUAAUUAAAGGGAGAUUAAAGGGCUUUCAGAUGAGUUAUUUUACUGGGGUAAAUGUUUUAAUGGAGAAUAAUCAUUGAUUUUGUUGAAACUGCGUUGUGGCUGAGUUCAUGACUUAUAAAGAAGAAGACAACAACAACCUGAACAUGAGGGAUUAAAAGCUGCUACAGAGUUUCAGAGUUAAGUUCCAUCUGAUUAGAAAAACGCAGGCUGGAGGAAGUUUAGAACUGGAGCAGGAACACAGCUGAGCUCCAGCUAUUUUCUAUCUAGAAGGACUGAGGCUGAGUCUGCUUAGAAUACGUCAUUUAGCAGCAAAAAAUCUGCAGAUCUUCAGGGUUUAGUGUCAGUGAGACGCUCUGUUACCCUCUGAAGCUAAAGCUGGUUUAUGUGCUUCUAUCUUUAGGAUACGAGUGAGAGAAACUACUUUCCAGGGUUUAUCUAGGUUCCAUCAGGUCCUGAUUUAAUUUGAUUUCAUUCAGAUCCUUCAGUUUCUUAUUGUUUCAGAGGUUUUACUGUUUCCAGACAUAUCAGACAAAUUACUAUUAGCAGAACUAUUAAAUCAGAAUUUUAAUCAUUAAAUCAAGAGGAUAUUGCUUUAAAAUCAGAAUGUGUACUGUAACGUUUAAUUCACUGUUGAGGUUUCAGACAGCAUAAUAAAAGGUUUAAGCAGU